CGAAGUAGAUUUCUCCAGGCGUACACUCUUUAUUUUCAGCAUUGCAAUAAACAUUUUGUACAUACAUUCUUUAACAUGGUAUGUUUGAAACUACGGGAGCUUGCCGCUGUAAAGGAAUAUCCUUAAGGAAUACCUCGUACGGGACCUAAAUCUACGCUUCUUUCAGCUAAGCUAACGUUAUUGCAUCUAUUAGCAAAACUUGCUAGCUAAGAAGCUAGCGCUAGCAUUUCUGUUAGCUACCCCUACUCUACCGUCGAGCUAGCUAUGUAUUAGCACUUUAGCCUAGCUCGCUAUCCAGUGACAACUGACAAAGGGCACGGAUGAUGUGAUCCUGAACAUGCCAGAGUGAAAAAACGCCUUUCCUGUUUGUGUCAUUACCAACUACAAUUGACGCAGAAUUUCAGCCUCACUUCAUAAGACAUCUUCCUAAUACUCCACACGGUGACCCUGUCUGCAGUUCCUUGUGCACCUGAACCAUGUGAGGGCCCCUCGGUCCAGUCUGAGGGGAUCCCAAGACUGUUGCAAAUACGACCCCGCUGUGCGGGGUUAGACUGAUCCUGUCUGUGUCUAAGAAGCAGUCUUUUCAGUGCCCCCUUCCCCAUCCGCACAUUCCUGUUCUCCUUAUCAAGGAGACACGCCAUGAUGUUCCGAGACCAGGUAGGUAUCCUCACAGAUUGGUUCAAGGGCUGGAAUGAGUGUGAACAGACGGUGGCACUGUUGUCCCUCCUGAAGAGGGUGUCCCGCACCCAGGCUCGCUUCUUACACAUCUGCCUUGAACACUGGCUGGCAGACUGCACAGAGAUCCACAUCCUAGAAGCUGAGGCCAACAAUGCAGCAAUUGUCAGCCAGUGGCAUCAGGAGCCAAAAGAGAAGGUUGUGUCCUUGCUGCUGUCCCAUCUGCCUCUGCUGCAGCCACGCAACAGCGAGGCCAAAUGUGAGUACAUGAAGCUGCUUCAGAAGGUGUUGAGUCACACUAUUGAAAGUAGCCUGUUUGUGGAAGAAAGCAGACAGCUGCUGUCCUACGCCCUCAUCCACCCUGCCACCACACUGGAUGACCGCACCGCUCUGGCCAUGUGGCUAAACCACCUAGAGGAGCACCUAUCUAGUGGCUAUGCACCCCGGGCCCCAUCUAGCCCCUACCACCCACGCCAGGGCUCAGAUGAAUGGCCCAGCUCUGCUGAGGCUCUGGACCCUGGCCACGCAUGGCACGACAAGUCCCCUUCAUCCACCACAUCUCCGGCAGGCCAGAAUGGACACAUGCCAUUCCCAGGCGGGAUGUCUUCUCCCAUUAACAGCAAUAACACAGGUUUGGGUGGCCAGAUGCAGCCCAGCCCUUUGAAGAAGUCCAUGUCGGUUAUUCCUUCCAGUCCCCAGGCUUGUGGCUCUGAGUGGAUUAGCCAGGAUGAUGCAGGGGGCCGGCAGAACUUCAUUUCAACGGACCAUGCACCCCUUUCCCCCCAGAGCAGCGUAGCCUCCUCUGGCAGUGAGCAGACAGAAGACCAGGGCUCUAGUCGCAACACGUUCCAGGAGGAUGGCAGUGGCAUGAAAGAUGUUCCCGCAUGGUUGAAGAGUCUCCGCCUUCAUAAAUAUGCAUCACUUUUCUCCCAGAUGACCUAUGAAGAGAUGAUGAUUCUCACAGAGCAGCACCUGGAGUCACAGAACGUCACCAAAGGAGCACGGCAUAAGAUCGCCUUGAGUAUCCAGAAACUGAGAGAGAGGCAGAGUGUGCUCAAGUCUUUAGAAAAGGAUAUUUUGGAAGGAGGAAACCUGCGUAACGCCCUCCAAGAGCUGCAACAGAUCAUCAUCACACCCAUCAAGGCUUACAGCCCACCCAGUGCAGCGCAGACUGCCCUGGACACAGCCUCCGCCCCGGACACAGCCAACCCCCCUUCAGAAGCCACAAAAACAGGAGUAGACAAAGAGCCGGCCUCAGAGGGCUUCCAGUCCCACAACCCACCUCCCUGUGAUGGGGACUCCCCAGCCACACCUAUCUCAGACGGCGACAUUGCUGGACAGUUCACCCGUGUUAUGGGUAAAGUGUGCACCCAGCUGCUGGUGUCAAGGCCAGAUGAAGAGAAUAUCAGCUGUUACCUUCAGCUUAUUGAGAAGUGUCUGACACAUGAGGCUUUCUCAGAAACUCACAAGAAAAGGCUGGUCUCCUGGAAGCAGCAGGUCCUCAAACUGCUCCGCCUGUUCCCUCGGAAAGCUAUGCUGGACAUGCCUGUGUACCGACAGAAAGGCUGGACCUAUGGGUCCAACUCCCUCCCCACAGCAGGCUCUGUGAGUGGAGGUGUAGCGCGGCGGGGCCAAAGGCAGUUCCAGAUGACCCCUCGUGGACUCCAGACUGGGCGCAUGGGUCUUCUGAGUCCCAGCGGGAUCGGGGGAGCAUCUCCACGCCACACACUCACUAGUCCUGCGCUGGCAGGCCAGGGUAGACAAAACCUGUGGUUUGCCAACCCCGGGGGCAGUAACAGCAUGCCAAGUCAGAGUCGCAGCUCUGUGCAGCGAACCCACUCGCUCCCUGUCCACACUUCCCCACAAACCAUGCUCAUGUUCCAGCAGCAAGAAUGCCAAGUUCCAGGCGCUGACCUGGAGAUCAACCCCACGCUGGAGUCACUGUGCCUCAGUAUGACAGAGCAUGCCUUAGGGGAUGGAACAGACCGGACAUCAACAAUAUGAAAAGAAGAAAGGAAAAAUACACUUCAGUCGAGGCCUGUUAAGUUCCUCAUCACCCAGCACAAAGAUAUACGUAUGCUUAAGAAAACCAGGCAAAGCAGUCACUACAAAAUGACAAAAAAACUGUGUAUAUGUUCUCUAAUAUUUUUGUACUUUAUUAUAUACAACUAAGUUUAUUAAAAAUGGAAUACAGAUGAUUAUUAUAUUGCAGGACAGAGGGAAAAAAAAAGCAAACUGCUCCAUGUCACCUGCAGGACUGUGACAUGAUGUGCAGAGGCUCAGUUUGCUGUGGGCUGAGAGAAAAACAGUGGAUUGGUGCUGUCUUAAAGGGGUUCUUCCCUGUGAGUUACUCUUCUUUUCCUCCUGCCUUGGAGCAAGGCUUCCUUCCGGAACACACUGACAGCCACAGCCCCUGCACCACACAGUGUGUCGAUUCAGAAAAUUCCCAGCCAGAAGUAAGGCACUUUCGUUCAAUUAUCUCUGAUAUUAGCCACUAAACUGUAAUUGGCCCUAGAAUUAAUUUACUGAGAUUCCACUUGUAGACAGGUGUUGAUAUUCACAUAUAAAUACAUUUCCUAGCCAACCUUGUUCUAUUACAGUGCUAGGGGGGCUUAAGUUGGUUGAAACUUAGACAGCUUUCCUGGAUUCUUUUUAUCCUCCACAGAAUGUUUUUUUUUUUUUUUUUUUUUUUUACUUUUUGGCGAAGGCUGGAAAGGGAGGAGCAAAAGGAUUGAGGAAAAGCUUGUAAUUCAACCAUAGGCACACCUUUUGUCUUGGUUCUUUUUCCCCAAACACUUUUAAGCAGAGUAGAAGUGACUGUCCUCCUCUAAACGUCUACAAAGCCAAAGAGAAGGGUUGUGCGAUUGUUAGUUUGAGAAGGAUAUUUGUAGUGAAAUGCAACAGAAUGGUAUAAUGUUUUUUUUUUUUUUUAAAAAGAACAGCAGUUUGAAGAAUUUAUGCCAGCUGCAAUUUGUCUCUGUUAUUUUAUGCCCUACUACAUAAAUGAUGAUGAAUCUCAUUUUGUGCCGAGGAAUCCCCAGAGGGGUGAAUAAGGGCUGGUGAGGUUUGUACUCUGCGAGAGCUGAUCUGAUAUUGAAUUGAUAAAAGUGAGGAGGGUAGAGUGUUUUCAAUUUACACUCUAAUGCUGGGUGAGAAAACUAAAUGAAACCCAUCUCAACCCUCUGGCCCCCUUAUGAUUGGCUUUGGAAAAUGAAGCGUGAUCUCGUAAUAAAUUCUUCAGAUCGCAGCGCCUCACCCUCGCAGUGCCCUCUUCCUCAAACGGCCAACGUGAUGAUUUGAUGAAUCAUACUUUUCAAGGUGCUUGACGAUGUCCAUACUUUCUGUUUGUGUCUCAGUGUGUUUCAGCCUCAGAACCCUAACAUUAUCAUGUGGUAUCAGUGUUGAAUCAAAAACUGUCUUAUACGGCCUCUGUCUUUGAAUGUGGCAGAGCGGAGGUGCAUGUAUGUGUAAUAUGGUCUUAACUUUAGAUCACUUUUGGUUGCAUCAUAAGGCAGGGAUAACCAUUCACCUUUUAUUUCAGCAGAGCCAUAGGAGGUCUGUCUAGUAAAGAUGGUUAUUUACAGAUAUCUUUUCCAAUUGUAUUUUUUACUCCCCCCUUGAUAUUGAUAACUUAUGCUUAUUUUCUAUAAUCGCAUGUUUUGCCACACUAAUACAGCACUGUUGUAGAUAGAGGACAUGAUGGCUGAUGGUGCCCAGAGUCACCAACAGCUAGAGAGCAGAAAUCUUGCAACUAAUGUUGUAUGUUUAUAUCGCCUAAAUGUCACUGUUUACAUCUCUCUGGGAUAACGCCCAAUUCAUGUUGUGUGAUGUCAUGAAUACUCCAUUGUCUCACUGUGUAACACAUUAAAGAACUGACGCCUUCUCGCACAUGAGCUGGCUGGGUAGAGCCUGAAAACAAAAGCCUUCUACCCCCUAAUCCAUUGACUCCCUAUGAGUAGAUUUUUCAAGUGGUAACUGUAUGAGGCAUGUAAACGCCUGCUUUUCUAGUCAUGCAGUGACGAGAGAGAAUAGCUUUUCUGGCCUUGUGAUUGAAUUGUAAGCUGUCAUGUCCUGAUAAACUGUUCAUGUGGUGCCUGAAAUGCACAGCUCCAGCAUCCUCAAUAUGUUGAUUUAAUGGUCGUGAGUAGUAUUCUAGUCAUGGAUUUCUUCAGAGCAGGCUCUUGGAUUGAUCUGACUUACUAAAAACAUCACACUCAUGCCCGCAACGGACUUCUGUGAGUUCACAAUGCUGACAACUUUAAGGCUCGGCUAUCUCAUUUUUAACUAUUCACUGUAAUGUAUAUCAAAUGUGUUAUGUUACAAAUGGCUCAGAUUUUCCUUUUCAUAGCCUCUGUAGCUUUGGACAGCCAACGUGUGACUGCAAUUAGACACUGAGGUACAAUGCAGCAGAUUUCUGCAAGCGUCUGUGCAUAGUGGGGAUGCAGCAGGGGAUGACAAUGCUUAUCUGAGCCACCAGUGAUGUGAUUACGAGUAAACUGAACACUAAUAACAGGCCAAGGAAUAUGUUUACUCCAUGUUUACGUUCCAGUGGUGCAUGAAAUGAGUUGGGAAAUGCACUUCAAAAGUUCAGCCUUGUGUGUUUUCACAUACCGAGCAUUCACUAGGAGGUACAGAGCCUGUGUCGUAAGGAGACUUCUACCAAGUGGUCCUGAGAUCAUUAAUGUCCCAGCCAGGCUUAAGUUUUGAAUUAAUGCAGCCAGCUGUAGGCUACAUGGCGAAUAUAUGUCUUGUACAAUUUAUAUUUAAUUCUGAUGACUCCCCAGACAUUUUCUAAUAUUUUCUGAACCUUUUGCAUCCCAUGCUUACUCUCUACUUUUUUACUGCCACUCAUAUGUGUGAAUGGUCUGAAGUGCAGCAUCCAUCGGAUCAUUGACAGUCCAAAUAAAGAGGUUCAGUUCUUUUGCAACUUCA